AUGUUGGAUUUCAGAGUUAUGGAGCUGGAAUGGAGUGGAGGCUCAGCUGGAGAUCCUUCCCACGAUUCAAGGCCCUCCCCCAAAUCCUGUCUCAGGGAGACCCCCGCUGCUGCCACCCACACUCCAGAGCUGGGUAAUCAGGACGAUUACCAACUGGUUCGGAAACUCGGCAGGGGAAAAUACAGCGAAGUCUUUGAGGCCAUAAACAUUACCAACAACGAGAGAGUGGUUGUGAAAAUCCUCAAGCCAGUGAAGAAAAAGAAGAUAAAACGAGAGGUUAAGAUUCUGGAGAAUCUGCGAGGUGGCACCAACAUCAUUAAGCUGAUUGACACGGUCAAGGAUCCAGUGUCAAAGACCCCAGCUUUGGUGUUUGAGUACAUCAAUAAUACAGAUUUUAAGCAACUGUACCAGAUCCUGACAGACUUUGAUAUUCGGUUUUAUAUGUAUGAGCUGCUCAAGGCCCUGGAUUACUGUCACAGCAUGGGGAUCAUGCACAGGGACGUCAAACCCCACAACGUCAUGAUAGACCACCAACAGAAAAAGUUGCGGCUCAUAGACUGGGGUUUGGCAGAGUUCUACCAUCCAGCUCAGGAAUACAAUGUCCGCGUGGCCUCGAGGUACUUCAAAGGACCGGAGCUCCUUGUGGACUACCAAAUGUAUGACUAUAGCUUAGACAUGUGGAGUUUAGGCUGCAUGCUGGCCAGCAUGAUCUUCCGAAAGGAGCCCUUCUUCCAUGGCCAGGACAACUAUGACCAGCUGGUUCGCAUUGCUAAGGUUCUGGGCACAGAUGAACUGUAUGGGUAUCUGAAGAAGUACCACAUAGAACUGGAUCCGCACUUCAAUGAUAUCCUGGGACAGCACUCGCGAAAACGCUGGGAGAACUUCAUCCAUAGCGAGAACAGACACCUGGUCAGUCCUGAAGUCCUGGACCUUCUGGACAAACUUCUGCGAUAUGACCAUCAACAGAGACUGACUGCCAAAGAGGCUAUGGAGCACCCAUAUUUCUACCCGGUGGUGAAGGAGCAGUCCCAGCCCAGCUCAGAAAAUGCCGUGCUCUCCAGUGGCCUGACAGCAGCACGAUGAAGACUGGAAAACAACGGGUCCGAUGCUGUUCCUCCCAAUUUUCCAUAAGCAGAACAAGAACCAAAUCAAACGUCUUAUCAGCGUGUGUACAGAGCUGGCGGCCAGACGGCGUUGCGGUGGCAGGGGACGAGACCAGAGACCGCACCGGCUCCAUGGCACCCACCAGUUUAUAAACACAAACCUUACUUCUGAAUGUAAAAGGUUCCUCUGCCUUUGACUUCCUGUUGACCUCUUCCUGACCCAGAAAGCAUGGAAAAUGUGAAGGGUAUGCAAAACGGUUGUUGGCUAAUGUUGCUCCCCCCCAUGCUGACCUUUGCCCCCCCUGAACCCCAGCAUAACGUAUUAACUAGCUGGCUCCAGACUUGAUGCGGCAGGGAGGGGGCAGCGGGGGGAAAUACGGCAUGAUGGACAGUUCUAUAUUAUAAUUAAAGGAAUUCUAUAUUAUUGAAUAAAAGUUUUAAAAGAAA